UAAAUCUCAUACUUUCAUAUCCCUGUCACAAUUUUCACUAGAUAACAUAGUAGCCAAUCAUAUUAUUUCUUGUCUGAAACCUCAUCUCCUCCACUUGUCAAGCUGUUCCCAUGCCAGUGAAGAAAGACUGCAAUUGCUGAAGUCGAAAAAUACUGUCAUGUACAAGCUGGGCAUUCUGUCUCACAAGGUCACCAUUAGUUUGUGGAAAGAUGUGGGAAGAAAUUUUCAUUCUGGACUAUCAUCUACAACCUGGAAACCAGUUUUAGAUCAAAAUAUUGCAGGGUCUACCAAUACAAAGGCCAGAAAUCCAUCUAUUCUGGGGACUGAUAGCCUGCAUUUGAUAAGGAUAAACCGCAUUUGCAGACCUACAAUCCAAUGCAUGAUUGGCGGAAGUUCAGAAGAGUUAUCUGAUGAAGAUGAUGAGCUAUGCCCUGUUAAUUGUGUCAGAGAAUUCAAGAAUGACAAUGAAUUCCUUAGAAUACUAGAGAAGGCCAAGGAAACCAAAUCUUUGGUGGUAGUAGAUUUUUACCGCACUGCCUGUGGUAGCUGCAAAUAUAUUGAACAGGGGUUUACAAAGCUAUGCAAGGGAUCUGGGGUCGAGGAAAAUGGAGUAAUAUUCUUGAAACACAAUGUAAUUGAUGAAUAUGAUGAACAAUCUGAGGUUGCUGAACGUCUUCGAAUCAAGGCUGUGCCCCUCUUCCAUUUUUACAAAGAUGGAGUUCUAUUAGAAGCUUUUCCAACUAGAGACAAAGAAAGAAUCAUUGCAGCCAUAGAUAAAUACACUGCUCCUGCCACUCAAGAUUUAUAAACCAGUUUAGUUAUUUCUAUAUACUUGGCUUUUAUGUAUAGUAAUCGUCAGAUACUUAAGAUUAUUGCAAGAUGUAUGUGAAUCCUCAUGUCAUAUCUGUAGUAAUACCAGAAUUUUUUGAAGCAUAUCAUCUCAGAAUUUGAGAGCUGAGUUGCUUGAUGUAUUCGAUGGCAAUUCUUGAAUAAUAGAUGAAUGUCCCUUCUGAAAA